AUGCGUUUCGUCUCUAUCCUUGUCGCCCUGUUCGGGCUGAUUGUUACGGCCGCAGCUAUCAAGGACAUGAUCCCAACCCUGACCGAAUCCACCACCUUGACCAUCAUCUCCUGUGGCCCUAGCGCGACCAACUGCGCUGGUUCCGCCGGUGUGAUUGUCAUCGAUACCUUCACGACCACCGAAUGUUCAACCACUUCAAUCCCGACCCCGCCCUCUGUCAUCUCUGUCUCUACAACUUCCUCCACUCCGAUUCACCUGACCGACACCACCUCAAUGUCCUCCUCGACCGUCCCGACUGAAUCCACAUCAUAUGUCGCUACUACGUCUGGUACAUCGAGCUUCACGACCGUCACCGCUUCCCCACAAUUUCCGAACUCGUCUCCAACAUCUGCCAACUCGUCAGUUACUGAAACUACGACCAGUACUGGUAGCUUGUCAAACUCCGAGACCAGUUCGACCAUCCACAUUACUCCGACCGCAUCUGCCCCAAAGCAGACUAGCGCGAGCGAUGGCAAGCGAGUUGCGGUUUCUGGUGUUUUUCUGGGCUCGGUAACUUUGGUGGCUGUUAUGUUCGGAUGA